CAUACAAAAAUGCAAAACCCUUUUAAUAUCCCUUCACCCUUUUUACUUCUUUUGUUCCCAGCACACACACUCGGCAGAGAGAGAGAUCAGCCGCCAGUACCUCUCGCCACCACCACCGAGGUCACCAGCUGCCGGACACCGCCAUCACGGAAACCCCAGCUGCCGUCCAUCGUCACCACAACCGUAGCACCGUCACCACCGAGCUCCACCGCCGCUCCGAGCUGCCACCGAAAUCCCUCCAUAAAUCGUUUCGCCGAACGAGAGGUUGUUCGAGCUCGUUGUUCAAGAUUUUGGAUUAAAGCAAAAGAUACAAGAAACUUGGGGUCUAAAUACAAAGUGUAUAAAGAUGGAUUAUUAGUUUAUUAUUUCAUGAACUCCAAGGUCUAUGUGUGAUUAAACUUUUCA